AUGGGGAGGGGAAGAGUGGAGCUGAAGAGAAUAGAGAACAAGAUAAACAGGCAAGUCACGUUUGCAAAGAGAAGAAAUGGGCUCUUAAAGAAAGCUUAUGAGCUCUCUAUUCUCUGUGAUGCUGAGGUUGCUCUCAUCAUCUUCUCUAACCGUGGCAAGCUCUAUGAGUUCUGCAGCAGCUCCAGCAUACUUAAAACCCUUGAAAGGUACCAAAAAUGCAGCUAUGGUGCACCGGAAGUCCACAAACCCGCCAAGGAACUUGAGAGCAGCUAUCGUGAGUACUUGAAACUAAAAACUAGAUGCGAGUCUCUUCAACAAACUCAGAGAAACCUUCUUGGAGAAGACUUGGGCCCAUUAAACACGAAGGAGCUUGAGCAGCUUGAGCGUCAGCUAGAGUCCUCCUUGAAGCAUGUUCGGUCUACUAAGACCCAGCAUAUGCUCGAUCAGCUUUCUGACCUUGAGAGCAAGGAACACAUGCUAAUAGAAGCCAACAGAGAUUUGACAAUGAAGUUGGAUGAAAUUAAUUCAGGGACUCAACUUAGACAAGCAUGGGAACGUGGUCAUAAUCAGCAGACUAUGCUAUAUGGAACUCAACAUGCUCAAACUCAGGGACUUAUUUUCCAGCCUUUAGAUUGCAAUCCCACCUUGCAAAUAGGGUACAAUAUUGCUGUGGGGUCACAGCAGAUGACUGCAGCCACACCAGCCCAUCCUCAACCAGUCAAUAGUUUUAUUCCUGGUUGGAUGCUAUGA